AUGGGCUCUAAUGCUUGUUACAGUUGUGGCAAAUUGAGUCAGAUGAUGAAAGAUUGUCUGAAUAGGAGAGGUCAAGAAAAAGAGAAGGAGAAAGUUCAUCCUAAUAGUCCAAGUAAAGAGGCUCCAAGGAGGCAUCGAUUCUUCCCACUCAAGUUCAGGGGUGCAGAGAAAGGGUCUUCUGGUGAUGUCGUAUAUGACAACGACGACGAGGAUGAUGAUGAGAACGACGAUGACGAGGAGGAGGACGAUGACGACAACGACGAUGAUGACGGUGAGGAUGAUGACGACUACAACAACGACAAGGACAACAACAACAACAACAAGAACGACGAUGAUGAUGAGAACGACGAUGACUAUGACGUCGACGACAACGACGAUGACGAAAACAAUGAGGAUGAUGAGGAUGAGGACGAUGAAAACAAUGAUGUCGCAGACGACGACGACUACAACGACGACGACAAUGACGACGACAACGACAAUGAUAAUGAUGACAAUGACAACAAUGAUGACAACGACAAUGACAAUGACAAUGAUGACGACGACAACAAUGACAACGACGAUGACAACUACAACAACGACAACAAUGUCUACAACGAUGAUGACAACGAAAACAAUGAUAAUGACAAUGACAACGACAAUGACAACAAUGACCACAACGACGACGAUAAUGAUGACGACAAAAACAACAAUAGUAACAACGACGACAAUAACAACGAACACGACAAUGAUGAUGAUGAUGUCAACGACGAUGACGAAGACAAUGAAAAUGACAAAGACAACGACAAUGACAAUUACAACGACAAUGACAACACAGCAAGAACAAUGGCAACGACAACGGCAACGACACAACAACGGCAACGAUUUAGUAUUCACAACAACUUCAAUAUCUGGAAGAUCCAGAUGAUGGUGUUACCGCUCAGGGAAGGUUCAAUCGAUGAUGUUGAUGGAAAGUUCCCCGAUAAGAUAUUGUAUUUCGAUAAGGAAAAUGUUGAAGGAGAUGCAUUUAGUGUAAUCCAACUGUCUCUUACACCUAACGUACUUUGUGAUGUGAGUUUAAGUACCGAAGAGACGACCAAAGAGUUAUAG